AUGAAGCUUCUAGACCGCAUCCGAAAUCUGGAUGCCUCUCGUCGAGUUGAUGUUGUCAGUAAAUACAUUCCUGUGUUGCUGGUGGAACAUACAUGUAAUUUGAUGGAUACACAAACCAAAACAAUGAUCGGUCACAUACACACCGACCUCAUAGAAACACUGAGGGACAGGCUCGAAGAGAAUCUUCCUCAUAAUAGUAAGAGUGUGUUUCGGCUGCCCAAGCCGGCAUUCAUCGAGGAAACUACAACUUUGACGAGAAUACGAAAUCGAUAUUUUGGGUUGGUCGUAGACAAGUCUCCCACUCAACCUUUGGCUGACGCUAGAACGGCUGCCUUGGAACGAUUUACCAAUCUAUUGCUGGAUUGCAAAGUGAUCUCUAACCUUCACUCGGACAGGUAUCCAAUCACGGACCCAACAAUCGCAGGCCACGGAGAAAUACUAGCAACCGUGAAUCGGAAUGCAGCUCCUUAUCUGGGUGUUACUUCCAUUGGAGUUCACUUGCUCUGCUAUGUGAAAACAAAUGACACGGUUUCUUUGUGGUUGGCGCAGCGAGCGGCCAACAAAUCGCAUCACGCUUUACUGUGGGAUCCUACCGUAGCCGGUGGUCAACCUGCUUCCAUGGGGCUCUUUGACAAUGUCAUAAAGGAAGCGGGCGAAGAGGCAGGAAUUCCUUCUGAGCUAGUUGCUAGGAAUGCUGUUGCCACAGGAUGCCUCUCUCAGAUGACCUGCAAACCGGAUGGUACCUGUAUGAAGCAAAGUUUAUACUACACUUGGGAUAUGCAAGUCCCGAACGAUUUUGUUCCAGAAGCAGCCGAUGGGGAAGUAGCUCAAUUCGAGCUGUGUUCGGCAGAACAAUUGGAAUACGAUGUACGAGAAGGCACUCGACUGCGACCUGCUAUGAUCCUGGUGGUAACCGAUUUCUUGAUUCGGCAUGGAAUCAUUGCGCCUGACAAGGAGCCAGACUAUGCCAACAUUCUGGCAGCGAUGCAUCAAGAACAGCUUGUCUUUGAGUAUGCAGACAAAGGGGAGGGUUGUAUGUGA